AUGCAGCGCGAACACAGGUGUUCAAAGAAGAACAACUCGGAGGUCUUCCGAGACAAGAGAAACUACCUUGUGACUCUCCAAUCGGUCUUAAUAGGACUCCUUAAUAAACACUUUGAAGUCACAAUCAUCCCUCCAAAGAAACGGUCGACUGUCGCACUCCAAGUCUUCCACAUAGGUGUUCUCAAAAGAGGCGAAGAUGUCAUCGACUUCGACUGCUUUACUACAAAGCGGCAAGAGGAGAUCUUCAAGUGGGACUUAAAGAAUGGAAUCACACAGAAAACAGCGAUGCGGCGACUUGCAAGAAAUAAAGUGGAAGACCCAAUUCAAAUACUGAUUGAUGUUCUCAGAGAACUUGGGUACACAUUCCACUCUGUGUUCACGUCCGGACAAAAUGGAGCGCCAAUAACCGAAAAGGUAAUGAGCGUGACCACUCCUGAGAAUGAAAUACUUGGCAAAGAAUAUCUCAUUCGAACCGGUGAAGAAAUUCAUCGCGCUAUCCUCGCAAAACAGAGCAAAAACGAGACACUAAUACUCUCGCUUGGGGACGAGGCACUCUCGUCUUACUUUGUUGCUAAAAGCUCUGAAAUCUAA